AUGGAGGACGUCAACAACAGGGAGCUGAAGGAGGCACAGAAAAGGGACCAGGACAUCGGACCAGUAGUGCAGUGGAUGGAAGACGCUCACCAUCGUCCAAGAGGGGUGACAGUAGUUCCAAUGAGCCUGGCUAUUACUAGCAUGAGUGGUGUUGCUAAAAGAGCCCCGGACCAGACUGAUGGAAGAAGUAAACGAUGGCGUGGCAAGUGGACACAGGAAACGUGCAAGAUGUGUGACACCUGCAAUGCAAAGAAGAGGCCAGCGAAGAGGGGAAAAGCGCCUUUACAACUGUAUCAAGUCGGUACACCUACGGAAUGGAUUACAGUAGAUGUGGCUGUACCAUUUCCGGUGGCUGCAGCAGGCAACAGGUUCAUCUUGGUAGCUAUGGAUUUCUUUUCAAAAUGGCCAGAAGCCUACCCUAUCGCCAACCAUGAAGCAGUUACUGUAGCCGAAGUCUUCAGUCUUUUUGGAGCUGGCGAGUUGCACUCUGACCAAGGACGGGAAUUUGAGACGGCCGUAUUCCAAGAGUGUUACCAGUUGAUGGGAAUUAGGAACCACAACCAUGAAGCCACCACUUUCGCCCCUUCAAGGAUGAUGUUGGGAAGGGAGCUGCAUUUGCCACUAGAUUUGGUGACUGGGAAGCCACCAAACGAGGAAUUACCUGUAGCAACCAGUGAUUAUGCCAUUGAGUUACAACAACGACUUGAGGAGGUGAACCACCAGGUUUGCAGGUGA